GACGUAUCUAAUAAUCAUAAAACCAAAAUACAAUGCCAGGAAUAUCAGGCUGGCACCCCGGCGAAACCACCAUACAAACCAAACUCGGUUUCGGAACUGCUAUAUCCACCUCCUGGCGCGCUAUCGAACACCAGCUGCGUGAGCAGCACCGUGUUUUCCAUACCUCUAAUCUCCCAUUCAUCCCUGUGACGGUUGUUGACAAGGAUGGCCGGCCGUGGGCGGGUAUUGCGGCGGGCAAGGACGGAGAGAUUGGGUUUGUGCAAGGGCCGGAUUUGAAGACGUUGGCUUUGAGAGUUAGGGUUUGGGAUGGGGAGCCGUUGAAAGAAGUCCUCUCUGACUGGCUGGAUGGACGUGUAAUAGGUGAGAGAGGGUUGAUGGCGGGACUGGGGAUCGAGUUUAGUACGCGGCGGAGGAAUAAAUUUGCUGGGUUUAUUCGGAAUGUCUUUCCGGAACAAUCAAAGGAGGGAUUAGAUUAUAUACUUGAGAUGGAAGUGAAUGAGGCCGUGGGGAACUGCCCUAAAUAUAUCAACACCCGCCACUUUGACGCAUACCCACACACCAACCCGGAAAUAAUCUACCAAGUGCAGCACAUGGCACCAACCGACCGUCUCCCACCCGCUGUAAUCGAAAUGAUAACCACCGCCGACACAGUCUUCAUCGCUUCAAUCUACAAAUCCACCCCAGAAACGGCAUUGCAAUUCCCAUCCCACGCCGGGAUGAACGCCCGCGGGGGAUUACCAGGCUUCAUCCGCGUUCUCCCCAGCGACGGCCGCAGUGUCAUUCUCCCAGAUUACUCAGGGAAUAGAUUCAUGUCUUCUCUCGGUAAUAUUGAAUCGAGUGGACUUGCUGGGUUUACCAUUAUCUCGUUUGAGACGGGCGAUAUCCUCUACCUUACCGGUGAAGCGAGGGUGCUUAUUGGCCCGCCUGCGCUGGAGAUUAUGAAGAGACAUGCUUCGAUUACUGUUCUUGAGACGACGGGGUAUACGCUUGUAAAAGAUGCGCUUCCUGUGAGGCAGCGGCCGGGGUCAGUGAUUGGUCGGAGUCCGUAUAGUCCGAAGAUAAAGUAUCUAGUUGAAGAGGACCAGCUCCAGUCCGGGGUUUCUGAUACGCAUAAGGCGCGCCUUGAGAGUGCGGUGCAGCUGUCAAACGAUCUAGCUGUGCUACGGUUCAAGGUGCUUUCCACAGAUAAAGGGAGUCUGUUGAAGAUUCGGCCCGGCCAGGCUAUUGUGCUGGAUUUCAUGGACUGGAUAGGCCCGCCCGAGUAUCACCAUAUGGCGGAUUCCGCGCCGGGUUCUAUAAAUGAUGACCGCGUGCGGACGUGGACUGUCUCGAGUGGCUAUGAAGAAGGGUGGUUUGAGCUGACGAUGCGCGAGAUGAAGGGUGGUGUGGUGACGGGUGCUCUAUUUGACGUGUUGAGGAAGAAUAUCCCGCCUGCUAAAUGGGGGAGGACUGUCCCAGUCGCACAGGCCGUGGUAGCAGAUAUUGUCGGCGUCACUGGGGACUUUAUCUUGGGAGAUGGCGAUAUUAAUGUCCUCUGGGUAGCCGGGGGAAUUGGCAUCACCCCAUUUCUGUCUAUGCUGGAAGCACUGGCUUGUGGGCAACGUAAAGGCGAUAUCCAGUUUGUCUUGUCAACAAGAGAGCCUACGAUAAUGCUCGAUUUGAUGCGGAAAUUACUGAUGAAUAUCCCACCGACUGUCAAUAUCAAGAUUGACUUGUUCACGCGGUAUCCACUUGACGCAGAGAAUAGUACGUGCAUAUCAAUACAUCAAGGCCGGAUUGGACCGGAGUACUGGAAGACUGUCUCUACAGAUAAAGACGUCUUUAUCUGUGGGCCAAAUGAGUUUGGGAAUGCUGCUACAGAGGGCCUGCGGGAUAUUGGCAUACCGAACGAAAGAAUCCACAGAGAGGGAUUUUAUUAAGUGUAUAUUUAUAACAAUACUUCCGACUUGGCAAACGCUGCGAUCUAUAAUAACGUCCGCAUUCCUCUUGACGUGGAACGGUUCCUUUUCAUCGUCCAUGAGCUCCAGCUCCCCGGACUGCCCCUCAUAGGUGUAAAACUUCGCCCACCGGCCUAUGGCUACUAUGCCAUAUAGUAUGUCUGUGCCGCCCUCUUCUCUGUAGCAUCUGUCGAGGUAGCCUUUCAACUGCCC